UUGCUUACUUAAAAGCACUGACAAAAUGUCGCAGACCAGCGAUAACUACGAUGGAUAUUUUCAUAAUAGGACUCAUGUUGGCUUCCUCGGUUUUGGGCCAACCUCCGGCUGAAAACAAAACAUGCUACCAAGGAAACCAAAAGACAGCGGCAGAAUGCUGCCCUCUUCCUCGAAUGAUGGAAAAGUCCAUUGCAGACAUGUGCAACAGCAAGUAUAAGGCCCUCAGUCCGAGAGUUCCACCAGGAGUACGGAAGACCGAAGGAUCGUGCGUCACUCAAUGCAUCUUCACCACCAUCGGCGGUUACAACGAAAAGAACAAUACGCUUAACAUCGAAGCAAUCCGGAAAGCGAUCCUUACAACGACUGCCAAUGCGAAGGCUUUCUUGCCGUUGCUCAACAGCAGCAUCGACCACUGUUAUCCAAUCAUUUCGAAGGAUCCCCAGUUUCUGGCAACCCCGGUAUCGCCUAUCCCAGAACGCGAAGGGUGCAGCUUCCUGCCGCCUGCUUUGAUGAAUUGCAUCAAGAUUGAUCUGUUUCAGAAUUGUCCCCAGAAAAAGUGGAACAAUGCAACCGAAUGUCAGCGUUUGAAUGAGAAAAUUACAACAGGAUGUUCGUUUUCAUCGAUAGUCAGUGGUUAAUAUUAAUGAGUGAUAGAUGGUACGCUGAUAAACAAUAAAUGUGAAGUAGCAUAAAUAAAGUGCUGCGUGGUUAGAAA